GCGGCCGCGGAGCUGGGCCCGGGGCCUGGCCGGCCGGGUGUGGGGCGCGCGGGAGGGAGCGGGCCGGCCCGGCGGGGCGCCCGGGAGCGCCGGGGCCUGAGCGGCGGCGCCCGCCACCCUGAGCCCGCGGGCGGGGCUGCGCGGUCCCUCCGGCCAUCCCCCCGCCGCCUGCGAGCUGCGCCCCGGCUGGCCCGCGGGCCCGGGGACCGGUGAGUGCGGGAGGGGCGGCCGGGCGGCGCGGGGCACCGCGUGCGGGCGCAGCUCCCAACCCCAGGAGGCGGGAAAGGCCGGAUGGCGUCCGGGAAACCGAGACGCUGCCCUCGUUUCCCGGCGGGAUGGCGGUCCCCUCCCCCAUCGCGCAGCAGUUCCACCCCCUGGCGACGCCGCCACCCGGCUCCCCGGGGCCCCUCAGUAUCGGGGCUCGGGAGUCCCCGCUAGUCUCCGGGCCCAGGCGGGGCCGGGCAGGUCCCGCGGCUUCUGGCCGACGCCCGUGGGUGCCACGCUGGCCACGGGCCCCGCCAGGCGGCAGGGCGACCCUCCGGCCGCGCAUCCCCGAGCUCGGCCGCAGCGAGCAGGCGUGGGUCCGGGCCCUGCAGCUGCAGCCCGUGGUGCUUUUUACCAUCUGUGAAAACUUCGCUGUAAUUCAGUUUUCCUCACUUCCAUAUUAAGAAUUAUACCAAUUGAAAAGAUAUGAAUGAAUACCCUAAAAAAAGAAAAAGGAAGACUUUACACCCUUCUCGUUAUUCAGAUUCCUCUGGAAUAAGCAGAAUUGCAGAUGGAUUCAGUGGCAUUUUUUCUGAUCAUUGUUACAGUGUCUGUUCUAUGAGACAACCAGACUUAAAAUAUUUUGACAACAAAGAUGAUGAUUCUGAUACAGAGACAUCGAAUGAUUUGCCAAAAUUUACAGACGGAGUCAAGGCCAGAAACAGAAAUCAGAACUAUCUGGUUCCCAGUCCCGUACUUAGAAUUCUAGACCACACUGCCUUUUCUACAGAAAAAUCUGCCGAUGUUGAAAUUUGUGAUGAGGAGUGUGACUCACCUGAAUCACUCAACCAACAAACUCAAGAGGAGAGCCCUAUAGAAGUUCACACUGCUGAAGAUGUUCCAAUCGCUGCAGAAGUGCAUGCAAUUUCUGAAGAUUACGACUUAGAGGCAGAAAACAAUUCCUCUGAGAGUCUCCAAGACCAAACUGAUGAAGAGCCACCGGCUAAACUUUGCAAAAUUCUUGACAAGAGCCAAGCUCUGAAUGUGACUGCCCAGCAGAAAUGGCCUUUGCUGAGAGCUAAUAGCAGUGGCCUCUAUAAAUGUGAGCUUUGUGAGUUCAACAGCAAAUAUUUUUCUGAUUUAAAGCAGCAUAUGAUCCUGAAGCAUAAGCGUACUGAUUCAAAUGUGUGUCGAGUGUGCAAGGAAAGUUUCUCUACCAACAUGCUUCUGAUCGAACAUGCCAAACUGCAUGAAGAGGAUCCCUACAUUUGUAAAUACUGUGAUUAUAAGACAGUAAUUUUUGAGAACCUCAGCCAGCACAUUGCCGACACCCAUUUUAGUGAUCACCUUUAUUGGUGUGAGCAGUGCGACGUACAGUUCUCCUCAAGCAGUGAGCUCUACCUGCAUUUCCAGGAGCACAGCUGUGAUGAACAGUACUUGUGUCAGUUCUGUGAACAUGAAACAAAUGAUCCAGAAGACUUGCAUAGCCAUGUGGUAAAUGAACAUGCAUGUAAAUUAAUAGAGUUAAGUGACAAAUAUAACAAUGGAGAGCAUGGACAGUACAGCCUCCUGAGCAAAAUUACCUUUGACAAAUGUAAAAACUUCUUUGUAUGUCAAGUAUGUGGUUUUCGGAGUAGACUUCAUACAAAUGUUAACAGGCAUGUUGCUAUUGAACAUACUAAAAUUUUUCCUCAUGUUUGUGAUGACUGUGGCAAAGGCUUUUCAAGUAUGCUAGAAUAUUGCAAACAUUUAAAUUCACAUUUAUCUGAAGGGAUUUAUUUAUGUCAAUACUGUGAAUAUUCAACAGGACAAAUUGAAGAUCUUAAAAUUCACCUAGACUUCAAGCAUUCGGCUGACUUACCUCAUAAAUGUAGUGACUGCUUGAUGAGGUUUGGAAAUGAAAGGGAAUUAUUAAGUCAUAUUCCAGUCCAUGAGACAACUUGAUUAUUCUAACUUCCAUAAUGUUAAUGUAAAAUAAUAAAUACAACAUUUUUGGAGAUGUUAAAAAGGAUGAUUUUAAACAGAAUUUAUGAGAACUGCCUUUAACAAGCAAGAUUUUUAAUUGUCUAAUUCUUUUGGCAUGGCUACAUUUUUUAGUAUAUGAAUGUAUCCAAAAUACGAUAUUUUCAGUGCAUGGUAGCUCAUAGUUUUAACCACUCUUGGGGUCUAUUAUCCUGUGCAUGUGCUCUGAUUUCAUGAAUGGGUAAGAACCAGAUGUACUAAAAAUACUAGACUUGUUUUCCUUCCAUAACCAUUGGUGCUGUUAACUUUUUAAAACUCAAGACAAGCUUAGUUUUUCAUAUAUGAAGACAUUAAAGUAUUGCAGUACCAAAACUAAAAUGUAACAUAAUAUACAAUUAAGUCUACUGGUAUUCCUGUUAAUAAGAACCCAGACCCUCCUUUUGCAUUCCCCAUCAGUAAUUCCCAGGGCUCUCCAUCUGAAUGAUUCUUUUAAUAACACUAGAAGGCCAGUGUUCUUGGCAGUCUUUUUUAAUUCUCACUUUAUUUUAGUCCUUAUAUAUAUUAAAUAGUGUAUAUAUGUUCAAGAAUUUAAGGUGGGGGGGAGUGGGGAGGAAUUGGUAAGGGAUGAGACAAUGAAAAAGUAACAUUUCAUAAUGCUUAACCUGUUCACAUUUCAUUUUCAGUUAUACAACUGCAAAGUCAUGUCCAAAUUUUUGAUUUCCAAUUAUUUAUUGACUGAGAAAUUGCACUGAAGUAGUAACACAGAAUUAGGAAGAUCUAGGCGAUAAGGGGUUGCUGGCAUGAUAACGUACAAAUUACUUUUGAUAAAGGUAAAAUAAUCUUAGCUCUAUAUUAGUUUCCUGUGGCUGCCAUAACAAAUUAUCACAAACUGUGUGGCUUAAACAACAGUAAUGUAUUGUCUCAGUUUUAGAGUCUAGAAUUUGAAAAUGUUGGCAUAGUUUGUUCCUUCUGGGAGCUGUGAGGGAAGAAUCUGUUUUGAGCCCCUCUCGGUUUGUAGAUGGACAUUCUCAUGUUCACAUGGUGUUCUCCCUAUAUGCAGGUCUGCCUCCAAAUGUCCCCUUUUUACAAAGACAUCAGUCAUGUUGGAUAUGGUAAGACCAAUAUCCCCAAAUAAGGCCAAAUUUUGAGGUACUGGGGCCUAGGACUUCUACAUAUGAAUUCUGAGGAAGGAGGGAGGCACAACCACCACAAUUCAAAAGCAGCUUCUUAAAUAGUAUCAAGAAGGUAAAAUUUUGCAUAUCACUGGCUUCAAAUUUAAUAAAAACUGCAGCUAACAAUAUUGUUCAGGAGUAUUGAUAAAGUUGAAGAAACCAAUUUAUGACCUAUGAUUUUUCCACUUCAAAAACAAUGGGAAUUUAUUUUGAAAAAGUUGGCAGCAAAAAGUACUUUUAGAACCAACCAUUUGUUUCUCUACUGUUUUGUCAUGUAUGUAUAUCUGUCUUCUUACAAACUGCCAUCCCAUCUGAUUAUAACUUUCCAGGUAGAGCUGUCGCAUACAAAUAUUUCUUAGAAGACUUAAAAUUAUAAUAGUUUAAAUUAGAAACCAUCUCAUCUAAACCCUCUGAUUUUCUAAGUUUCUUGUAUAAAUAGAAACUUAGGUUCUUGUUGGGUCAAGGACACAAAACCAUUAGAGCAGACAGGAGGGAAUCUAAGUUAUUUGGCUUCUGUUCUAAUGUUUCCAUUACACUAUGUUACAUAAAAAUCCAAGCUUUGUCCUUGGGGUAUUUUUCAUGGCUAUUUAACCUAGCCAUUCAGAUGCCUUCUUGGUAAUUCUGUUUUUACACUUGUUUGGUAUAUAUCAAACUCCAGGAAUUUGAUUUUCAGGAAACAAACCUUAAAUAAGUAAUGCCUUAUUGGUUUUGUAAAAUUCUGUAAUGUAUUGCUUUGCUUUGAUCAGGUAUUAGUAAUCAAAUUUAAAAAGACUGUAAUGAAACUAAACAUAUUAAAUCCAAGUUUUAAAAACAUACAAACAUUUUGUAUUUUUGAUGAACCUGCAGCUUGAAGUGACAUCCCACUGACUGCUUGUCCCAAUAAAAACUUUUGGCUUUGA